UGUAAACACUCGCCUUGCAUUUUGAAUGUAGCGCGCGAAUCUGUGAGAGUGGGUUUUUAAUCUGGUGUAAGCAAUCUAAAUUGCUAUAAUUAGUUUCAAUAAUCAUCAGAUUGCUUGGUAUGAGUUGAUUGUUUAUAUACUGCAUUGUCUAUAGUACAGUCGGUCUGUUGUUUCUUCAAAAAUAUAAAACAAACGAAAUUACUUUCAAACAUUUGCCCCAAACAAAACUAUUUUGAAGAUUUUGAGUUUUGUGCCUAAGAAAAACAUUUGCUGGAAGUUUGCUGCAUUUUUUUAAUGGCAAAGAAAACUACAGAAUUUGGGACCAUGGCCAGCACGAAGGAGGAUUUUACAGAAUUAUCCGAUUCUCCUCAUGUUGGAGGGCAUAAAAUGAGCUCUAGUCUUAAAGAACGAUUGAAACGGACAUCUAGGAUUCAUUCAAGUCCACUUUCUAAACCAGAUCCUUCUAUUACAUCCUUGCCAUUGAAUGAGAUGAAAAAUAAAAGUCCUUUUUUAGUCAGUUCUGAACGUGUUAAAUUAGUUGAAAACGUUUAUUCAUUUACAAAAGAAGAUGUCGAAGAAUGUGAAGAUCAGUUAAAAUUACAGGAAAUGUACUUCACUUUGCAAAGACAAAAAGAAAUAAAUGGCGAGAAACUAAGAAAAUUAAAUUUAGUUCAGAAGCAUCAUCACAAGAAUAGGCCAGAUGCACUAAUUUUAUUGAUUCAAAAAUGGAUUACAACAGCACAAAAUGCUCUUCAGAAACUUUAUGAUCUUCUGGAACCCAAACCUUCAAAUCUACAAAUUUUGAUGAACCUCCUACAGAUAGAUUCAAAUGCCAUAAAAUAUGAUCCAGAAAGUGACAGUUUUUUCUAAGCCUUUAUUUUUAUAUUAGUUAAAAUUGCUUUAAACCAAACGAGCUAUAAUUAAAGUUUUUAUACUUCAGUACAAUAUUCACAGUUGUAGUUCGAGAUCUUUUAAUAUUUAUGUCAAUGUAUUGAAAUAUUUGUAACUACUCUACAGAUAUUACCUAACCUCCAUAUAUUGAAUUCAAUGUCUUUUAGUAACUUCUCAUUUAUGCAAAGAUUUCCUUUUAUGGUUCAUACUCAGUUUAAAGUAAAAAAUAUCGCUCAAAGAUAAAGGCAUUUUUGAACAGAAGUUAACAUGACUAACCGGAAAGUACGAUUCCUUCCAAUGUCGGAAUUUGAUCCCAAAGCACGUUCGAACCUGGUUCUUUGCUCCGUGCAUCAAUCGGAAAUCCUACCGAAUGCAGUUAAAACUCUUAUAUAUAGCUCUAAAGUGAAAAAUUUGCACUCAGCGAGCAGUUUUCAUUUGCAUGCCCACACAUCACAAAAAUUUUAAUGCAUAUUUGCAUCGGUUCCAAGACCGCCGAAAUCCUAGGAAAAGUUUAAUGUCUUUUAAAUUCACUCUUCUAGCUUAUUGCUAUUAUGUCUCCGUAUUCAUAUAUGAACGAAAAGUUAGAUUGAUUGGCCGUCAAUCCUCGAUUCCAAAUCCAAUAAUAAAACUAAAAGCUAAAUUUUAUCUGUUCUCUGCGUUUUUGAGUUAUUGUAUUCAUGGACAUGAUUAAAAAUGACUGGAGAUGGAUGAGUAAUCUUGAUUUAAAGACUGUGAACUAAAUUCAGGGUGCGUAGUGAAAAAUUGGUUCAAAAAGAACUUUUAAGCACCUUUUUACAUUUAUGUGCAUAUGUAAAACUGCAUACUUUCUAAGCAUAAGCUGUUUUAUAACAUUACAUUAUUUUUAUUGAAAAAUUUUAAUAUUUCUACAAUAUUGCAGAAGCACAUCUUCUAUUGUAAAAUGUCUUUUUAGUUUUGAUAGAAAAAAAAUCAUAAAAAUGUAAAAACUAUCGGUAUCAGAUUAAGCCAACUUUUAUUAGAUUAACAAUAAAGAUGUGUGAUCAUUUUUCAAUAUUUCUUGUAAUUAAUAAAUCGCCAUUUCGAAGAAUAUAUCAUUUCUGAAAAUGUCGACAUUGAUGUAGAGGCAUAGCAUAACCAAAACUUUUGUAUUUGAUUUUUAAAUAUGCAGCAACAAAUAUGAUUUGACAUAUCCGGAACGGAAGGUCUAAAUUUUCUCCAGAGCUAACUCACCCUAUUUAACAAUUUAGAAUAUUUUAUUUACAGCCUUACAAAGCUAAAAGCAUUCCAGGAUGGCUACUACCAUAAGAUUAGAAAAACUGAUACUGCCAUGUUCUAA